AUGUCUAUUGGUGCAAGUGCUAGCCAUGAAAUACAUUAUUCGGCUUAUACUAUCACUUGUUGUUUCUGGAAAAUUCGGCAAUUGGACGUCUCCAAUGCCUUUUUACAUGGUCACCUUGAUGAGGAGGUUUUCAUGGCACAACCACAGGACUCUCAAACGGAUACUUCUUUGUUGUAUCAUCAAAAAGGGCCAAUCACAUCAUUUUGCCUCCUUUAUGUCGAUGAAAUUGUUCUAACCGGGUUACAUCCAUCUUUAUUACAAUCCAUCAUUGAUUCUCUUCAAUCCAAAUUUGCUUUAAAGGAUAUCGGGUCAUUGCACUAUUUUCUAGGAAUUGAGGCACAAUGCAACAGCUCAGGUCUUCUUCUAACUCAGUGUAAAUACAUCCGCGACUUGUUAUCUAAAAAAAAAUUGGAGGAUAUGAAUGGGCUAUCUACACCUGCUUGUCCUUUAGUAAAGCUCUCUGCCACAAUUGGUUCUCCAAUGCAUGAUCAUUCUCUUUAUCGAUCUAUAGUUGGAGGAUUGCUGUCUUUGUCUCUAAGUCGUCCUGGCAUAUCGUUUGCGGUGAACAAGGUAGCCGAUUUUAUGCAUAGUCCUGUUGAUAUCCAUUGGCUGGCUAUCAAGAGAAUUCUGCGGUAUUUUAAAAAUACCUUCCAACAUGGCCUGCUCAUACAUCCUUUUUCUUCGCUGCACAUAUCAGUUUAUAGCGAUGCUGAUUGGGCAACCUCAUUGAUGAUCGAAAAUCUACUACUGGAACUUCAUUGGCUUCGGUCUUUGCUUAAAGAAUUACACAAGCUACCUUCGACUACUCUGGCACUUUGUUGUGAUAAUGUCAGUGCCAUAUAUUUGACAACAACGCCCAUUUUCAAUUCAUCCUCCAAGCACAUUGAGAUUGAUGGUUUUCAGAGGAGUAUAAUCCUAUCUCGUUACUUCAGUUUGCAGACGACACUAUUUUUUAUCUACCUUAUGAGAUGGAACAUCAUAGUAACUUGA